AGAGGAAAGAAGGGGAGAGGAAAUGAAAAAUGGCUCCAACCAGGACUCUGACUCUGACUCUAGGGACAAUGAAGACAUGGCGGGCUUCAGCGGGGACAGGAGAGGUGUCAAUUAGCCUUUUGAGAUUUCUCCAGUCUCCAGGGGGGAAGCAGGAGCAUCAGUGAUACACUGCCGCGCGCUCCGCUGCAGGAGGCUGAACGUCAAUCACACAGCUCUGAUACCAGAUGGAGAGGGAAUUGAUCUGUGGAGAUUGUAACAUGGUGUUUCGCUCCUCUGGGCUACUUGAGAAACACAAAGCACUGUUCUGCAUUGGGAGCGAGGUACAAAGACACAGCUCUGAACUUCUCACGAGAGGCAAACCUGGAUGUGUGGGCCCUAAGCAGACAAGAACCCCUGAUCUUGGGCAGCUGAGAGGUCAACGAAGGAACAUCAACAGGUGGAGGAGUGUUGAUACCAAACCAAAGUCAGGUAGAGCAGAGGACAUACCGGCAACCAGUCAGAUAGAGACUGCUGCUUUGCAAAGUCUCACAGAUGAGUUUCACAACUUGAGGAUGUCCGUUGAAGAACAUCUGACAAAAAGGACCACAGAUAAUGAGGCGAGUGGGCGUCAGCUGGGUCACAGUGAGAGACUGGAGGAGAUGAGGGAAAUGGCGACACUCCAUGAGCACCAACUGGCCUUGAUACAUGCUCAUAACAAGCAGCUGGAGCAGCAGAGAGACGAGCUGGCCCAUCAGGUAAGUGUCCUGUCUGAGCAGAGCAACAUAACUCAUCUGGAGAGUCUGCUGAUGGAGCUCAGAGAGCAGGAGGAGAGAAACAAGGAAACACUGCAACAACUCGCUGAACAUCUCCGUGCAUUACAUGUGCGAGAAGUCUCUGUACCUGCUGAUCAGCCAGAUCCACGUAGGAAUGAAAAGAUACAUCACGACAGCUACGAGUUAAUUACUUGUGCGGAUGGCCCUCUCUCUACCCAGAUAAAAGCCCUGCGGCAGGCAUACAUCCAUUCAGGUAGAUCAGAUCCAGCCAUUCUGGCACGAAUGAUUGACCUGCAGGUCGAAGCCCAAAGUCUAGAGAAGAACCAAUCAGCGGCAGCUAGCAAAAAGGUAAAGCCUCCUCAGUGGUGUCCAAACUGGGAGCUGCUGGCUGUGGAGCAGGAGAACCAGAGACUGGAGGAGGAGAUCCUCAGGAUCCAGUUGGCCAGGGGGCAACACCAUAACUGUGAAGCAGCAGCAAGGACUGAGCUUGAGCUGAUCCAGGGGGAGAACCUGCAGAUUGCCAGUUUACAGACAGAGGUGGAGAGAAGCAAAGAAGCUCCCAGGCCCAGGAGACAGCCUCCUCCACUCCGACCCAAGACUCACACUAAUGCACCUCUUUCAUCGCUCCAAGCCAGAUCCUCCUCCUCUCCACUGGGAAGAUGCAUAUCGAACUCCCUGGACUCUCUGGGUCCAGCUCCAUAUGACCCUGCAGCUGGUUUUGUGGUUUUCUACGACCUGGUGCUGGGAGUUGAUGCUUCUCAGCAGGUGCUGCGCCUGGUGGCAGCUCUCUACUCAGAAGGUCAGGAGGUGGGACCACAGACGCAGCUGCCCCCUGUCCAGUGCCUGUCAGGAUUGUCUCUACCUUACACCCACAGCUUCACCCCUAGAAACUAUGCUCUCCUGUCAGUCAAACAGCCUGUACCAAGGAUCCAGCCAUCACCCUCCCUCUCUCUAGUGGUGGAGGUGCAGGCAGCAAGAGAUGUGGAUGUCUACAGCCAGGAGGUCUUCAAACUGGCACCCUUCGGCUGGACACAAAUGGAACUCUUUGACCAAUACAACCAGCUCUGUAGUGGCCACUGGAGGGUGCCAGUGCGCAGUUUGCCUAUUAGACCCUCUCUAAACCUUGCCCAGCUCAACUCAGUUGCCCAGGUGGGCAACAUGGAGCUGUGUGUUCGUUUGGUCAAUGGACGAGAUGGAGACGUACAAACUCUGGCAAAGCCCGACCCAACCAGCACCGGUCACUAUAAAUAUCCAACUGUGGUAGGAUGUCGAACAGGGCCUGAAAUUGCAUCAUGA